AAUGGCUGCCGCCGCAGUCGCACCACCAUCACCUCCCGCCACCGCUGUGCCUGAAACCCCAGUCAGAACCACCCUGUUCGCUAGAAUCCGACUGGGGAACCCAUCGGUCGUCCCUCUCCUCCACAAGCUCGCCAGGCAGAUGGCCGUCUUCGAGCGCGUCACCGACCACUUCCCUGCCACCGAAGCCUCCCUCGCCGCCACCCUCUUCACCCACCCGCCCUUCCACUCCUUCACCGUCUUCAUCCCCGAAGUCUCUCGCAGCCCCUUCUCCGAUCACCUCCCGGCGGCUGCAGCGGCCGAGUUCGUGCUGUUCUUCCCGAACUACUCGAUAUUUCUGGGGAAGCCGGGGUUUUACGCGGAGGACUUGUUCGUGAGGGAAUGUUGCCGGAGGAAGCGAUUAGAAAUGAUGCUGUUGUCGGCGGUGGCGUCGCAGGCGGUGGAGAUGGGGUACGAGAAGAGUGGAGUGGUGUGUGCUUGACUGGAAUGCGAAUGCUGUUAGGUUUUACGAAGAGAAGGGUACGUGCUCAAUUCCUGCAGGAAUGGAGGAUUUGCAGGUUAAAUGGCGAGGCUCAUGCAAAUUAAUUAAUUAGCUUCUUCUCUUUCUAGUUUCUCCUGCAUGCGUUUUUUUUUUUAAAUAUUUCUAUCCUGAAAA